UAGCGUUGAGCCUAGAAGGCGAACCCGAACGUUAAAACCGCCUCGCUUCGUUCUUUCUUUGUUUCUGAGUUAUAAAUAAAGAGCUUGCGUUUCCCGGCGAGUAUGCAACGAAGCGAAAGUCGCAAAAGUGCGAAACCCAAGCCAAAAGCUUGCGUCUUUCUCGUGGGUUCAAUUUCUCAGCUUCGGAAGUUCUCGUUUGGGCUCUGCUGAAGAAGAAGAAGAAGAAAAGCAAUACACUUGACGCUGUUUUUUUCUUUUCUUUUGGGGCUGUGUUUGGAUUAAAUGGUGUUUACGUGUUCUGGGGAAGGAGAGAGCAUGGCCAUGGGACCCGAGAGAUCGAAACCUCUUCACAAUUUCAUGUUGCCCUGUUUGAAGUGGGGGAGUCAGCGCCACCUCCGCUGCACCAAACUCGCCUCUGACUCCUCCACUGACACCGGAGAUCGCCGAUCUCCGGCGCCGCGGGAAUUCGACCCCCCACCGCCGGUAAAUGCUGACUCGCGACUGCGUCUCAAGCGGCCGCGAUUCCUCGGCGACGAGGGGAUCGACGCCGUCAGGGAGAAGCUCAUGCUCGAUCUCAAAACCGAGGCCGAUAGGAUGAAGGACGCGAUUCUCGGCAAGGAGGUCGCCGAGGACAAUGAUGUUAUCAUCGAGGACGCGCCGCCCGUGACGGUGGCGGUUGAAGAGGAGGCGCAGCCGUCGGCCACCGGAGUAAGGACGUGGAAUCUGCGGACGCGGCGGGCUCCCGUGACGGUCAGGAUUGACGAGAGGAAGGCCGGGGUCGGGACGUCGUUUUCGCCGUUGAGGAGUGUCCCCGGCGCCGGAAAGUCGCCGAAAUUAAGAGGGUCGCCGGAGAAAGAGGAGCGACCACUGAAGUUUUCUCUGACGCUGACGAAGAAGGAGAUUGAGGAGGAUUUCAUGAAUUUGGUGGGCCACCGGCCUCCCCGCCGGCCCAAGAAGCGACCCAGAAACGCUCAGAAACAAUUGGAUACCCUUUUCCCUGGUCAGUGGUUGUCGGAGGUUAGUGCUGAUUGCUACAAGGUUCCUGAUGAAGCUGAGACUGGCAAGAGGUAGCAUUGAGGUUGGCGAAAGGCAUUUUGAUGUUGGCUGCGGAGGAUGCAUAUGAGGCUGAUGGGGGAUUUCAUGGAUGGAUGGAAUUGGUGGUGUUUCCCAGGAGCAGUUGAUGCUUGCCUUUGUUGAUUUCAAUGUUGCUUUUCUACUUCAGAAAUAUAGUUUCAUUCUUUUGUUUAUAGAAUAAUACUCUGAACAGAGAUGAUUGUUCCAAAUCACAUAUGGUUUACUACUUUACUUUUGAGGCUGUAUGUAGCUUCAAGGAUGAAGUUAUAUUGUUGGAACUUUAAACUUUAAUUUGAAAUUCUAGAUUAUGGAGCUUAUUUUCUGA